CUGUUAACAAGAAGUUUACUACUGCAUGAGGGGUCUCGAAUGGUUUGGUUCUAACUAGGGAAUAGUUUAAUCAAGAAGAAAUUUUUCUAAAUUUCAUCAUCAGUUAAAGUGAAAUCAGUAACAGAAAUGCUGAGCCAAAGUGAAAAGAAGAAACGUUACGUUCUCUUCAAUCAACAAGAUGUUUCAGAAAUUUGGAAUCAUCUCACGUUGUCGGAUGCAAUCAAUGAGUACAAGAAUGAAGAUCUCUCAUUCCUUGAAGAGUCAAUCAAGACAACUGAUGAAAUUUUUGGUGAAGAAUUACACUGUCGCACUUGUCUAACCAGCUUUACAGAGAAAGAUGAUUACCGACUUCAUUAUAGGGAUGAUCUACAUCGUUAUAACCUUAAGUUAAAGCUAAUUGGAAAGCCUCCUGUUACCCAACAAGAAUUCUGUGAAAUUGAAGAUGGCAUAUCUAGCUUAUCUGGUUCAGAUAGUGAAGAAGAUGUCUCAGAUAGAACUGCCAAGACUGCAGUUGGAAGCCCCAAAAUCUAUUUCCAAAAUGAAAAAGGACAGAAAAUGGCAGUUUAUCGUUGUUUAUUACAUUCAAAAAAGAAACCAACCAGUAGUGAAGGAGAAUUAAUUCAUCUCUUACAAAAUUUGCCAAAGCAAAACAUGUGGGCUAUUAUUAUGCUAGGGGGUGGCCAUUUUGCUGCUGCAGUUUAUCAAGGAAGUGAACUAGUGAACCAUAAAACUUUCCACUCAUACACUGUUAGAGCUAAACAGGGCGGAGGUCAAUCAAGCAGGGAUAACAAGUCUGGUGGCGGCUCCCAUCCUAAAUCAGCAGGUGCUUCUCUAAGGCGUUACAAUGAAGCAGCUUUUGCAGAGCAUGUCCAGUCAUUGUUUAUUUGUUGGUGCGAUGUCUUGAAGAAGUGUAACAUCAUUUUCUAUCGAGCAGCAAGUUCGAACCAAACGAUUAUGUUUGGGGGGAAAAAUCCAUUUUUUGAUCGAUGUGAUGCACGGUUAAGAUCAAUUCCUUUCCCCACCAGACGAGCUACUCUCAAAGAAGUUAGAAGAGUUUGGUUACAGUUAGCGACAAUUGAACUAGUAGAAACCAACGAAAUGCCAGAGGAAUGUUUAACAGAAAUUAUUACAACGACAGAUAAUUUAAACCUUGAUACUGAAUCCACCGAUGAUGAACUUAAAGUUUUGGAACUGCAACGUGCGAAAAGAAUGAAAAAGAAAAUUGCAGCGAAAAACAGUAGCAACAACGCCAUUCAAAGUGUGGAAACUGUCGUGGAUGACCAAGAUCUUUUCCCUGGAGAAAAGGAAAUUAGAGAGAACGUUUUUCUUGCCAUCAAACGAGGAAAUUUGGAUUUGCUUGACGAGGAAAUCGAGAAACUUUCUGAAAUUUUGGAUUCUUAUCGCGAAGAAUACCAAUUGGACAUAACCGAUGUUUUGAAUCACCGACUUGGAGACGAUUGCGAAACUUUACUUCAUCAAUCAGCUUCAAUGAACAAGCGCGCCCCAUUCGUUUGGAAAUUGAUGGAGCUUGGAUGUGAUCCUUCCUUAAGUGAUGCCUCUGGAAGGGUUCCAUACAUGGUAGCACCCGACAAAGAAACACGGGCAACAUUUCGUCGCUUUAUGGGUUCUUACCCAGACCGAUUUGAUUACGUGAAAGCCACUAUUCCAUCGCCCUUGACGGACGAAAUAGAGAAACAAAAAGCAGAGAAAUUGGCAGAAAAGCGGAAACUUCAGAAGCAGGCUAAAAAAGAAAAAAAGGCAACAGAGAAAGCUAAAAUGGAUGAAGAAAAACGGAAACAAGAAGAACUGCGUUUAGCUGAAGAAGAAAAACGUAAAGCUGAAGAAGAUAGGGCACGCUUCGUAGCUCUCUCAGAUAGAGAAAAGAGAGCUUUGGCUGCUGAACGACGACUCCUAGCAAAUACAUCCACUGCCGGAUUGCCAACCCCUGUUUUAGUUCGCUGUCUCGUAUGUGGAUUAGACAUUAGCGGAAAAGUUCCAUUCGAAUACAGUGGCAACAAAUUUUGUUCACCCCCUUGUUUACAGAAGCACCGCAAACUAAAUACAAAAUAGUUUUAGUUUAUGUUGUGAUGAGGUAAAUAAAGCAAAAACUUUAUUAUU